CGCCCGCUGCGUCAUCCCGGCUUUGGAGCGGAGUCCAGACGCUGCCGCCUCCAUCUUGUCGAGCGUGUCCUCGGCGGUCGGCUGGGUCUGGAGCUGUACCCUUGCGAACCCUCGUCGCUGUGGCCUCGGCGUUUCAGACGAAGACGAUGAGACACUCAAAGAGAACUUACUGUCCUGACUGGGAUGAAAGAGAGUGGGACUGUGGGAAAUGGAGAAGCAGCAGCAGUCAUAAAAGAAAAAGAAGAUCAUAUAGUAGUGCCCGGGAGAACAAGCGAAGCAAAUACAACAAUCACUCUAAGACUUCCGAUAGCCACUAUUUAGAAAGCAGAUCUAUAAAUGAGAAGGAUUACCAUAGUCGACGCUACAUUGAUGAAUAUAGAAAUGACUACGAUCAAGCAUGUGAGCCUGAACACUAUUAUAGAGACCAAGAAAGCAGAUACCAGAACCAUAGUAGCAAGUCCUCUGGUCGAAGCGGAAGAAGUAGUUAUAAGAGCAAACACAGGAUGCAUGACAGCACUUCACAUCAUCGUUCACAUGGGAAGAGUCACCGAAGGAAAAGAACCAGGAGUGUAGAGGAUGAUGAGGAGGGUCACCUGAUCUGUCAGAGUGGAGACGUACUAAGUGCAAGAUAUGAAAUUGUUGAUACUUUAGGAGAAGGAGCUUUUGGAAAAGUCGUGGAGUGCAUCGAUCAUAAAGCGGGUGAUAGGCAUGUAGCAGUAAAAAUAGUUAAAAAUGUGGAUCGAUAUUGUGAAGCUGCUCGUUCAGAAAUACAAGUUCUGGAACACUUAAAUUCAACAGACCCUAGCAGUGCAUUCCGCUGUGUCCAGAUGUUGGAGUGGUUCGAGCAUCAUGGUCACAUCUGCAUUGUGUUUGAACUGCUGGGACUGAGUACUUAUGACUUCAUAAAGGAGAAUGGUUUCUUGCCAUUGCGGCUAGAUCACAUCAGAAAGAUGGCAUAUCAGAUUUGCAAGUCUGUGAACUUUUUACACAACAACAAGUUGACUCACACGGACUUAAAGCCUGAAAACAUCUUAUUUGUACAGUCUGACUACACAGAGGCAUAUAAUCCCAAAAUGAAACGUGAUGAACGCACCUUGAUAAAUCCAGACAUUAAAGUCGUGGACUUUGGAAGUGCCACAUACGAUGAUGAGCACCACAGCACCCUGGUGUCCACGAGGCAUUAUAGAGCCCCGGAGGUGAUUCUCGCCCUGGGAUGGUCCCAACCAUGUGAUGUCUGGAGUAUUGGAUGCAUUCUUAUUGAAUACUAUCUUGGAUUUACAGUAUUUCCGACUCAUGAUAGUAAAGAACAUUUAGCAAUGAUGGAAAGAAUUCUUGGACCUUUACCAAAGCACAUGAUACAAAAAACCAGAAAACGAAAAUAUUUUCAUCAUGAUCGAUUAGACUGGGAUGAACACAGUUCUGCUGGCAGAUACGUCUCAAGACGCUGUAAACCCCUGAAGGAAUUUAUGCUUUCACAGGAUGCUGAACAUGAACUUCUGUUUGACCUCAUUGAGAAAAUGUUGGAGUAUGAUCCAUCUAGAAGGAUCACUCUGAAAGAAGCCUUAAAGCACCCUUUCUUCUACCCACUCAAAAAAGUGACAUAGUGUAAUAAUUGAAAAAAGGAGGGGUGAAGGAGGCAGCCCACAUGGUGAAGCACACACAUUACAGUGCACGCAAAGACCCGGGGGUCAAGCCACUGGACCCAUCUGCAGGAGGAAAGCAUCACGAGUGGUGGGGCAGGGCUGCAGGUGUCUCUUUAUCCCUCCUUUUAAUUUCUCUCUAUCCAAUAAAAAAGUUAUAUAGGUCUGUGACUAUAGUUCUCUUCAAGAGAUACCAUAGACUGUAUCAGUCUAAUUUUUACAUAAGUUAUUUUGUACAGAUUUUUGUCAUCAUCUUUACAUUUUUGUAUUGCCAUGUUUAUUUUGCUUGUAUAAUUUGUUUAUAGCUAAGUAGUGACUAUCUUUUUAGUAAUUACUGUAUAAAAUUAUCUAUCCAGAAUAAAUUUUUGUGCUUAUGAAAUUUA